AUGAACACUGAUGGCCUUACGUUGGCGGAACGCGAGGAGCACGAGAUGCAGCAUGCGAUAACUGCGUCACUUGGGCACAACAUAGCGUCUGGAGAACAGGAAUCGGGGGUCACUGCGGCGGAAGGUGCGCAGUUUGGUCCUGCGAAUAAGGAAUACUAUGAUACUGAGCUGUGGGCCUUGACGCUACCUAGUAAUGUCUCUAGGGAGAUAUCUAUUGAUCCGGACCCAGAGCUUAGACGGCGGAUAGACGACACGCCUCGAUUUCUUCGACCGGGACCGGAGGCAGACCAUUUCCCUGCCUUUCUGACUAUUCUGCACUCUAUACCCAUAGCCAGGGAAGAGCUCCUUUGGAGAGAUAGGGUGGCUCUAGAUUAUGGCAAUGACAGCCAAUGGUGGAAUGGACAGCCGGCUUUGACUACUCUUGAUCAAGCAGAAGCACCAUGGGAGGAUGCAGUGCAUGAGACUCAACGGCUAAUGGCUUUUCUGGACCGUUCUCAGCGAGCCUUUGGAAGCGCAGAUGUCCUAUCUGGUCUUCCCUCUCUAAAGUGUUGGGGAGGUGAGGACAGAAUAGCUACGUUUUUAAAACUUUGGGAGGAAAUCUCGCCCCCCGCGGAAGGGGAAUUGCCCCAGAAAACAUUUUACUCUAGAGGUGUCAAACAGGCGCUUUCGGAGGACGAAUGUGCCAAUGAACCAUUCUCAUUGCUAGACCUUUCGAUUGAUAGGACCUCUGGAAAGACACUAUAUGACCUCCUAGAUGGACAUAUAUGGUGUGAUAUGCCUGGUAAGGAGUUGGACGAUAUCUGGCUAGAAGAGGUUGCACCUGUUUUUACUAUGCGGAUUACCAAUCACGACGGCAACAGGAUUGAUUUGAAGGUUCCUUCUGUUUGGUAUCCUGACCGGUACAUGAAGCAUUGCAAGGAGUUUGCAGUGGAGCUUAGGAAACGCCGUGUUGUUGUUGACGUUGAGCUGGAGAAGUUGGGGGCGAUGGUUGAUCGAUAUCUAUCUAAGAGGGGAAGCAUCUCUGUUGAUACGUUAGUCCAGAAAGUGCUUGCUGGAUCUCGGGUGGCUCUGACUGGGCCAUACCAGGUCGAUGGAGCUCCGUCUACCACGCAAGAGGAUGUGGUCGAUUUAAUUGAGAAGUUGAAGACAUUAACGGAGCAGAUUACCCAUAAAAUACAAGAGCUGGAAGAAAGAAAGACGCAAGCCAUUGAGAGUCUCCGGCAGUUAUCCAACUGCUUUACUGGCCAGGCUUCGUCUGCAGAGGAAUCACCAAGACAUAAGUAUACCCUUCGCGGAGUAUGCACGGAGCCACACAUAUUUUAUGUGCUGAGACCGCGGAAGCCGGAAUUGGAUCUGAUGACGGACGAUGUUCCCGACGUACCAGCAACCGAGCAAUGGCAGUGGUGGAGGUUCAGCUUCUCAGUUGAUGAUGCGAAAGUCGGCAGCACCAGAUCUGCGAGCCUGAAACCGUCUAAUCAGAUUGAACCGUCCGCGUCCGGACCGACCAGUAGCAAGCCAGUGUCUAGGGCUACGGUAGCCGAUAACGUGGAUAUCGUUGGGUACACGGCGUGCCCCGUGCGAGAGAUUGAAGUGCUCCAUGCGGCAAAGGAGGAAUCUUCGAGUGUUGUUUUGGUUUAUGCCAACGAAGAAGCCAUGAGCUUCGAGGCCGGGGAGCUUCCCGAACCAUUAAAGAACUUUAUCGACAAGGACAAUGAAUUGUUCGAGCAGGAGCUUGCAGAGUUUACUGCCGAAUAUGAAGGAAAGACGAACACGGCCAAACAGGAGGACCUUCUGAUGGAGGAUAUGACUAACGAUGGCGAGGAGGAGACCGGUGAGAAGACAGACGUCAAGGGACAAGAGAUGCAAGAACGAGCAGGACAGCACAGUGCGAGCAUCAUGCCUCCGCCGGGGCUGCCUCGACAGCGAGGUGGUGCUGGUGGCCAGGGGACCUUGAUGGACCAGAUCACGGAGGAGAACGAGCACGACGAGGAUACAAAAACUGACGUCAAACAACAUCGACAACCUGCAAACUACAACAACUACAACAACUGCGGCAACAACAACGCACGAGAGCUUCAGAGGAUAGCUAGGAUGGAGACAGAAUACACUACGAACACUGCUGCAGACACGCUCGAGCUGCUCGAGACUCGCCUUCGACGCAUUGAGUUCCUGCUGACCGGCCAGACGAACUGGGCCGGCGAGCCAGAGCAGGCCUCCGAACCGCCAGCUUCAGUGCGAGAAACAGUCUCUGCCCGGCUAGCCGAGCUCGAGCAUGGCCUCAGACGGCUCUCCGCACGAGUCCCGGCUGUCCAAGAUGUGCUCAAGCUAUGUACACAUGCCAUUGCCUACGAUAUACUUUGUUUAUACGUCUCUAACAGGAGCUAG